AUGACUAAAAUGGAAAGGAUAGAAGACGGCAUUUAUAGACAAAAUGACUAUACUAACGAGGUUUUUCAACUGGACGAUUUUUACUCUUCAAAACCAGAUUUUUACGGAAAUAUUCCACUUGAUUAUGCGACAAUGCCACAGCUCGAUAAACAGCAGGAGCAGUCUGAAAGUUCAACGUUUAGUAAGGAGGCGGAAUGGGGUGGUAGACUGGAGUUUCUGAUGGCCUGUAUAGCCACUUCUGUCGGAUUGGGAAAUGUAUGGAGGUUUCCAUUCACUGCGUAUGAGAACGGCGGUGGUGCCUUCCUAAUACCCUAUAUCACAGUCCUGAUCUUGGUCGGGAAACCGUUUUAUCUUCUGGAGGGACUCUUGGGACAGUUUACCAGUAGAUCUUGUGCAAAAACAUGGUACAUGACGCCGGCUAUGAAGGGAUUGGGGUACUCACAGGCUUUCGGUGCAUUCUGCGUUGUUUCGUAUUACAGCGCUUUGAUGGCAUUGACACUGUACUAUUUAGUAUCGAGCUUCCAGUCUGAGUUACCGUGGUCAUUCUGUCGUCCGGAAUGGAAAGAUUGCAUCGAUGACUCGAUGUUUAAAAAUGUCUCCGAGGAUCGUAUUGCUACCAUUCAAAGUUCCGCAGAACUGUAUUUCAGGAAAAUAGUGUUACAAGAAUAUGCGUCCAUCGAGGAUGGUAUCGGUGUACCAUCCUGGCAUUUGUCGAUAUGUCUGUUCCUCAGUUGGGUCUGCGUCUUUGGAGUGCUCUUCCGCGGCGUGAAGAGCACGGGCAAAGCCGCCUAUUUUCUUGCAUUAUUUCCUUAUAUUGUGAUGACAGCUUUACUGAUCAGAGCCGUUACUCUUGAAGGUGCCGUUGAUGGUAUCCUCUUCUUUGUAACUCCGAAAUGGGAUGCUCUGUGGAAGCCCACUGUCUGGUACGCCGCUAUCACACAAUGUUUCUUCUCCUUGUCAGUUUGCUUUGGUCCAAUCAUCAACUAUUCGUCUUAUAACAAUUUUGAACACAGAGUGGACAGGGACGUGAUGAUAGUGACCACACUGGACACAUUCACUAGUCUGAUAGCUGGUUGUACGAUCUUUGGUAUUCUCAGCAAUUUGGCCCAUGAGAUGAAUACAAAGGAUAUUGCCAAGGUGGUCCGCGGCGGCAUUGGUUUGGCUUUCAUUUCCUAUCCAGACGCUUUAUCACGCUUCACUUUUAUGCCACAGCUAUUCUCCAUUCUGUUCUUCAUCAUGAUGUUCGUUCUUGGCAUUGGAAGCUCUGCGGCGUUGUGUGGCGCGGUAUUCAGCAUUUUCCGCGAUCAUCUGCCUAAUAUGAGGCAGUGGUUGUUGGUACUCUGCGUCAUCUGUUUCGGUUUUGUCGUCAGCCUCAUCUAUAUCACUCCGGGUGGUCAAUGGUUCAUAAUGUUAAUCGAUUAUUACGGCGGUACUUUUGUGGCAAUAAUCGUUGGCAUUCUCGAGAUAGCGACCAUCUUCUGGAUGUAUGGUCUCUUGAAUUUCCUCAAUGACGUGGAAUUUAUGCUAGGCAACAGAUUAGGUGCUUACUGGCGAGCUUGUUGACUUGUAAUCACGCCUGUGCUCAUGAUCAUCAUACUGAUUUACACAUGCACCACUUAUGAGCCGCUCAUGUAUGACGGUAAACGGUUUCCCGAUUAUGCCUAUGGAAUAGGAUGGUUCGUGCUAGUUCUAGGUAUAUCUCCCAUCGUAUGGUGGAUCGGCCAGAAAAUAAUUACGAAUAGAAUGUCGUCUUUCACCGAA